AUGAACUCUCUGUUUCGGCGAUCGUCGUCUCGUCUUUAUUCCACAAUGGCUGCUUCUGUGAACCCCGCCUCAUCGCCGUUCACCCAGGCUGUCGUGAGCUCCAUAAGGAAGCUCUACCCUGAGUCAUUGGCCGACAAAAGCUGGGACAACACCGGCCUACUCCUCGAGGCCCCCUUCAACGCAUCGCGCCGCCAGAAGAACUCCGUUCUUCUCGCGAUUGACCUCACCAAAGCCGUCGCCGACGAGGCCAUCGCACGCCGCGACUCCAUCGUCGUAGCCUACCACCCGAUCAUCUUCCGCGGCCUCAAAUCCCUCACCUUCAGCGACCCGCAACAACAGACCCUCCUCCGCCUAGCCUCCGAAGGCAUCAGCGUGUACUCCCCGCACACGGCGAUCGACGCGACCCCCGGCGGCAUGGCCGACUGGCUAUGCGACAUCGUCACCGGUUCCCUCACGCCCAUCACGCCGACAAAACCCGCCCUCACGCAGUCCUCCUCCGCCACGUACUCCCACCCAAUCUACCCCGCCCCGCAACCGGCCUCCCCGGCAACCAAAGUCCCCAAGCACACCCGCCACACCAUCCUCCCGUCCCCGCCCCCCCUCCCCGAGGGCAUCGAGGACACCGCCGGCAUGGGCCGCAUCGUGACCUUCACGGACCCGGAGCCGCUGACCGCCAUCAUCGACCGCAUCGCCCAGGGCGUCGGGUUCCCCGGCGGGAUCCCCAUCGCCAUCCCGCAGGGCGCCUCGGUGGAUACCCUGCAAAUCCGCACGGUGGGCGUGUGCCCCGGCUCCGGGUCGGGCGUGUUGAUGAAGAAAUCCCCGAUCCCCGAUCUGCUGUUCACGGGCGAGCUGAGCCACCACGAGGCGCUGGCGGCCAUCGAGCGCGGGUCGGUGGUCGUGGCGCUGGCGCACUCGAACACCGAGCGCGGGUACCUGCGGGCCGUGAUGCGGGAGAAGUUGGCCAAGGAGGUGGAGGCGAACUGGCGGGUGCAGAGGGAGGAAGGGCUGCAGCAGAAGGAUGCGGAGGAGUGGAAGGAGGCGUUUGCCGAUGGCUCGUGUGAGGUGGCGGUUAGUGAGAAGGAUCGGGAUCCGUAUGGGAUCAUGGUGAGACAGGGUUAG